AUGCAAGCCUUCCGGCAAGCGCUGUCAGAUUGCAAUUUGAAUGAUAUGGGGGCAGCGGGUGGUCUCUAUACAUGGUGUGAUUCUAACACAAAGGAGAGGCUUGACAGGGGUACUUGUACGCCGGCUUGGAGUUCAGAGUUUGGUUUCUCCAAAAUCAUCAAUCUCCACCCGUGCCGGUCUGAUCAUACUCCUCUUCUGCUGGAAGUGCGUAAGGAACAAAUGCGUCAGGACUUCUACCGGCGUCAAUUCCGGUUUGAAGAAAUGUGGUGUGCUCAUGAAGGUUUCUCGGCCAAGAUGGAGGAGGAUCGUACUGUUUUUCGGAGCCGAAAGGAAGAAGUGGAAGCUGUAAGAGCGCAGUUAGAUGCGCUUCUCCAGAAACCUUUUGAUCAGAAUGAUCAGACCUCUAAGCUUCAACUCUCACAACGUUUGAAUGAAUUAAUGUCUAUUGAUGAGACGUAUUGGAGACAGCGUUCUAGAGCGAUCUGGCUCAAGGAUGGAGAUCGGAAUUCGCGAUUUUUCCAUAAGAAAGCAUCGAACAGGAGACAGAAGAAUAGAAUUAAGGGUCUAUUCGAUGCUAAUGGGGUAUGGCAAGAGUCCAAGGCAGGUAUCGAAAGUGUGGUUUUGGAGUAUUUUCAGACUAUUUUUAGUUCCCACACCCUUGAUGUGGAGGCUCAAAAUUUGGUUCUCCAGACCAUUGAACCCCGAGUUUCUACUCAGAUGAAUGAGACGUUACUAGCACCAUAUUGUUUGGAGGAAGUCCGUAUAGCUCUUUUUCAGAUGCAUCCUUCAAAGGCGCCAGGUCCGGAUGGUCUUUCACCUUUCUUUUUUCAGAAAUAUUGGGAUCUCGUUGGCCAUGAGGUUAGUAAUGCGGUCAUUUCGAUGUUAACUCAUUUGGAAAUGCCCCCAGACUUGACUUAUACUUAUGUUGCUCUUAUCCCUAAGGUUAGGGAGGUGGUGAAUAUGUCGCAUCUGCGACCUAUUGCGUUAUGCAAUGUCAUUUAUAAGAUUGCCUCUAAAGUUCUUGCUAAUAGACUCAAGAGUUUCUUGCCAGGGAUUAUCUCUCCUCAACAAAGUGUUUUUGUUCCUGAUCAUCUGAUCUCUGAUAAUACUUUGGUAGCUUCGGAGUUAGCUCAUUAUAUGCACAAGUUGAGGCGGGGACAGGAGGGCUUUUUAGCCCUUAAGCUGGACAUUAGAAAAGCCUAUGAUAGGCUUGAGUGGGGCUUUUUACAGAGAAUCAUGUUGAAGAUGGGUUUUACUGAGCAAUGGGUGGGUGCAACUGAUAAUGUCUUGCUUAUCUACAGUUUAUCUGCACUGAUUACACACUCGGUCUCGUCUGGUCAUUGGCAAGGGUUGCGCAUUUGUGACGGGGCGCCUUCUAUUAGCCAUCUCCUUUUUGCUGACGAUAGUAUGCUCUACUCUAGUGCUACAUCUCAGGAUUGUACCUUGAUUCGGAAUUUAUUAAAUAUUUAUGAACGAGCUUCUGGGCAACAGGUGAAUUUGCAGAAGAGUAAUGUGGUUUUCAGUGGGAGUGUCCUUCCCCACAUGCGGGUUUCUAUGGCACAGAUUCUGGGAGUGCAAGCGGUGGAUAAGCAUGAGAAAUAUCUGGGUAUUCCAACUCUUGUUGGCAGAUCCAAGUCUGAUACUUUUGCUUACAUUAAAGAUAAUUUGUCCAAAAAACUAACUGGUUGGAGGUCUAAAUUACUUAGUGCAGCAGGAAGGGAGAUUUUAAUUAAAGUGGUGGCGCAGGCUAUUCCGUUGUACACAAUGAAUUGUUACCUGCUCCCCCAGACCCUUAUUCAGGAACUUUAUCAGUUAUGUGCCCAAUUCUGGUGGGGGAGUACGGAGGAGAAAAAGGGGAUGCAUUGGCGGGCAUGGGAUGAUUUGUGUAAACCUAAAAGUGUGGGAGGCAUGGGAUUUCGACAUUUAUUCGCUUUCAACUUGGCUAUGCUAGCCAAGCAGGGCUGGAGAUUAAUCCAAAGCCCUGAUUCUUUGAUUGGUCAAUUGUUCAAAGCUCUUUAUUUUCCAACUAGCAACUUUUGGGAAGUUACAUUAGGGACACAGCCUUCAUAUGCUUGGAGAAGUAUUUUGCAUGGGAGAGACAUACUUCGAGCUGGUAUUCAGCGUCAUAUUGGGAAUGGUCUGUCUACUAACAUUUGGACAGACCCGUGGUUAUGUGGGGAGGAGUUGGGUGUUUAUCUUUCAGAUCGUGUUACAUAUGUAGCUGACCUCUUCCUGUCCCCAGGUGUGUGGAAUUCUACUUUGCUUUCAGAACUUUUUCCUGCUCAUAUUGUUCAAAAGAUCUUUGAUAUUCCGCUUAGUCCCCGGAAUCAUGAGGAUAGAUGGAUUUGGGGUGGGGACAAAAAAGGCCGGUUUACAGUGAAGUCAGCCUACCAUGUGGCUCGACACAGAGUUCUUGCUGAUCAUUCUUCCGCGACUCAAUCUAAGUGCGGCUUUGUGGAAUCAACGGCUAAUAUUCUUCCUACUCGGAGUCGGCUAAGUGAACGUGGUAUUGAUCUUGAUACCCAAUGCCCACUCCGUAACGAAGACGUUGAGACGCCUAUCCAUGUGGUUCGUGACUGUCCUCACGCUGCUAGCUUGAUUGAAGGCUCCAAUUUACCCUUGGUUUCGGCCCCUACAAAUGUUGUUGACUGGUUGGUUACUGUCCAUAAUUUGACUCCUCAAAACUUUGCCCCUUCCUUGAUGAUCUUGUGGGAUACUUGGAGAAAUAGGAAUGCCAAAGUUUGGGAUGGAGAUUUCAAGCAAGCCUCUGAGGUGGUACCCAUGACUUUGGGAUGGUGGAAGGAUUACAAAGCAGCCCAUGUUGCUACUCAGUCCGUGUCGGGGAUCCGAGUCAUGCCAAAGUGGAUUAAGCUUCUAGUUGGCUAUGUGAAGUUGAAUGUUGAUGUAGCGUUUGAUCAAACCUCUAGGCGUACAGGGUUGGGAGGAGUGUUUCGUGAUCAUACUGGGCUGUUUCUGUAUGCGUUUAGGCAUUCGGUCAUGACAGCAAACUCAGCCAAACAUGCUGAGCUGUUGGCCCUGCUUCUUGGGGUGCAGACAACCCUUGAGCAUCAUCUCACACCUCUAAUUGUGGAAACCGAUUGCCUGGAGUUGAUGACAGCUCUGUCGUCUUCUUCUUUAGCCUACUCGGACUUGGGUUUUCUGUUAGCAGACCUACGAGAGCUAUUGCAUGAAGCUUUGGAUGCUCGUGUUCUAAGGUGGGAAGACAAGCCAAUGGAGAGGCUCAUAUCUUGGCGCGAGAUGCUAAGAAUGCUGAUUCUCAGUUGGAAUUUUUUUCAACUAUUCCUCCGUUUGUGGAGGCAAUUUUAA